AUGGACUCCUUCACUGAUUUGUUUCGCGAGAUCUUUGUGGACAGCCUGGUAGGUGUGCUCGCAGGAUCAGACUCAGGCAGUAGGGAGAGGUGCUCCCCGCAGUGGGCACUCCUCACCGAGGCGCUCCUCACCGCGGCAUUCUUCACACUUCCACGCUCCCCCCCGCAGGCACACCUCCCGUUCGAGUCCUACGACGCCUUCCUCACACACGCGAGAAGGCACCUGCUGGAGGACGAACGCGUCGCGCAGAUAAACAGGUGCGUGGACGAAGUAGACCCCGGCGCGCUGUUCUGCGCCAAGGGAAUUGUGCAAAGCCUGCUGCAAAUCAUCAAGGGGAAGUUCCAGGAAAUUUUUCUCCUCACCUACUGCGACAACUUCAUCGAAAAUUACACCAAAACAGCUAGCUUUCUCAACGAAAUAAAGUAUGAACAGUACAUAAUUUCUGAACAUGUUCAUAAUUUUUUAAAAAAUUUCGAAAGGGAAGCAUACGCACAGUACAUCCUCAAUGUGCUGGAAAAUAAGAUAAAUGAAAAUUGCAAAAAUGUCAUACUGUUUGAUAAAAAAUAUAUAUUUGAUGACAAGUUUUAUUGGCUAAAGGAAACGAUCAAUUUGAUUAAAAUUUUUAAAAUUCUGUUUACCAGCAAGUAUUACAUUCCAAGUUCUCUUCCGAAUUAUCUGGCCUUCAUUUUUAAGCACUUUAAAAAUUACAUAGACAAUGUGGAAGCCUUUUUGCUUUUCCUGCGAGAAAAUCGGAACGCCAAAAUUUUUGGCACGGACAGAACGCAAUUCAAUUGGAGCCCGACGCUCAGCUACAACAGCGUGGGGUUCGUCCUGUCCGACUUGAUGGCCCUACGGAGGAUAUUUCAAGUGGGGAGAGGCGCGCGAGCGCUUUUGAAAAGGGGAAAACUGGGAGGAAGCGCGAGGGUAGAAGUGAAAGAGGUGAACUCACCAGGAGCGGUGGUUGAAGGGGGAGCUUGCGCGAUGGACGGAGCGCGAGAGGAGGAGACCCACUCUGCGCUUCCCAAACGUGCGACCAGCACCAUGGGUGAUAUCCCCACGUGGAUGUUCACAAAGAUACUGUCCGACUGCGCAGGUGUGUACUCUGAUGGAGAGGGCAACGGUAAGGACGGCGGUAAGGACAGCGGUGAGGACAACGGUGAGGACAGCGGUAGGGACGACUCAUUUGGGGAGAUCGACCACGCGUCCUCUUCCUCAUCCUCCAGCUGCGAUGAAAGCAUCAAGGAAAUCGUCAUGCAGGAGAUGGGAACCCCGUUUGGAAAGUGGAACUCUUGGCUCAGCGUCGAAAGUGGUUUGUCCCCCCUCACCAGGGAUAUCGAGCUAGCCACCCAGAUGAAGAACAAAGCAACCCAUGAACAGCAUGCUGAUGCUGGUCAGGAGAAUAAGCAAAAGGUUGAUGAACACCCACAUAGGGAAGGCCACAUUUCUCGCAACUAUAACAACGGGGGGGAUAUUACCAGUGAAGGGAAGGACCAAAAUGGGGACUCUCACCACCUUGGGAAGGUCAAAAUUAAAAGCGAUAGUUCCACCACCCAGGGGAGUGACACCGAGCUGCACGAACUGGGGAGAGCAAACAGAAACACCCUCAAGGAAAAAAAAAAACAAAUGAAAGUCCAUUUACAAAUGUGCAAAAAAAAAAAAAAAAAAAAAAUAAAAAAACCAUGUAAACUGUAUU